UCAUCUUCUGCUCAGAUUGAUUUUAUUAAUUUUAAAUUUAUAAGCUAGGUUUUAACUCAACGGUUUUCAAUAGCUUUUUGAUGAAAUACAAGCAUGAAAAUUUCUAUAUGAGGAUCUGAUUUUUAAAAAGUAUCAGUUAUCGGAAAAUAAUACUGCAAUGUUUAGCAAAUUUAGUACGAUACUGCAACAGGCAGUAGAUGCUUUAGCUCCAGAAGCAACACCAAUUGAAGACUUUGUUUAUCACUGGAAAUGUAUCACAAAUUUUUACGUUGAAAAUACAGACGAAAAAUGUCCUGUGAAUUCGACGAACAUUCCUUCUCACAUGCAACAAAUGUUGGUGAUUCUGGUGGAAGAAGAAGCUGAAAGGGAAGUUGGAAACACAGGACCAUGUAUGGAAUAUUUAUUACAGCAUAAAUUGCUGGAGACUUUGCACACGUUAGGAAGAGCUGAUUGUCCACCUGGAAUGAAGCAGCAAGUUCUCAGAUUUUUCACAAGUUUACUUGGAAGAAUUCAGCAACCUCUGUUACCCCACAUAAAUGUUCACAGGCCAGUUUCCAGGUUAGUUAGAGUGUGUGGAGAAGUUGCUGCAGCCCCAACAGAAUCUGAAGAAAUUGCAUUCCUAUGUACUGUGUGUGCAAGAUUGAAACAGGAACCUCAUUUAGCUCAUUUGUUUUUGAGAGGAAAAGAAGACCCAAAGUUGAAAAAUAAGAAAAAAGAGGAUUCCCCUGUCGUUCAAGGGACAAGUGGAAAUAAUGCAGACCAAGAAAAACCAACUACAGAUCCUACUGGAAAAGUUAAUACAACCCCUGAUAAAACUGCAUCCGCCCCUUCCACCAGUACAAAAGAUACAAAAAAUAGUCCUUCGUUGCAUUCUUACACUACAAAAAGAGAAGGUUAUGACCUUGUGGACUCUUUAUUGAACUUGACUAAGUCUGAAGAUGGACGAGUAGCUGUGAAAGCUUGCGAAGGAAUCAUGCUCCUUGUUUCACUUGAACACAAGGAUGCUGCUCGAGCAAUUGUACAAGAUACUGCACUGUGUUAUUUAUUGAAUCUAAGAUUGUCAUCUCUCUUUGCUGCAAUUCCUGAAAAUGUAGAUCCAGUUGAUAUUGACGCCGUGGAAGCUAAAUGGGGAUUAGAUGCUCGAACCGAUGACAGUCAUCGAUUUUCUGGGAAGCGGGCUCUGAUCUCAUUUUUAUCUUGGUUCGACUAUUGUGAUCGACUAAUCUCAGAAGGAAACUCGCAAGAGUGUCGGGAGCUUCUUGCAAAGUCAAUGAAAGAACAAUUUUUUGGAUUAACUUUGUCACCUUUACUUUGUGCAACAAAUGAACACACGAUACUUACUGCCACAUCUAUAUUCACUAAGCUAUUUCGAUCAGUCGAAUGUAAAGAACUUCUCAGAGAAAUGCUAAACUUUUUAUUAGCUGUGUCAAAUGAAGAGUCUGUACCAUCACUGUUGCUGCGAAUACUUGAAAGAUGCGAUCAUUUAUCUGAUGAGAUCACCAUUGUAUCACUUCAAUUAUUUGAAACUGUACUAAGGAAAAACGAUCCGAUAGCAAUGGAUGAACUUGUAAUAAAAUAUUUGCUACAACGUGGAUAUCAUGCUGAAAAUCCUGGUAAUAUAGUAAUACAAACAGAUGCUGCUGAAUUAGAGUGGGAUUUAGAACCAGGAUUAGAAGUAUCUGCAGCUAAUUCAACAGAAACGCAAAGAACUGGAUCACAAUCUGAACAUGAUACACAACAAGCGAUGAAUGUAGCCAAAUUCAAUCCUCGUUUACAUGUGCAACAAGCUGUCAAUUGUUAUUUAAAUGUUCUCCCAGAAGCUGCUAAAUCAUCACAAACAUUUGAUGAUGACUCAGGCAGACAUGACAGUUAUCUGAGAGAAGCACACAGAAUGUAUAGAGAUGUUCAGUAUGUUUGCAGUCAAUUUAACUGGCCAAAAGAAUUUGAUAAUCCUGAUCGAUGUCCUGCUGUAAAUAAUUUUAAUGAAGGACCUUUUCUUCGAAUGCUUUUAAGCAAAAUAUCUCGCAUUCUUGACCAACCUUAUGAAGUUAAUCUAGUUGUAACUUCAAUUGCCUCAAGAUUAUGUUUGAUGCCGCAUCCUUUACUACAUGAAUAUUUUGUUGAUCCUCUCACGCCACUUCGACCGAACGUUAAGACCUUAUACAAUACGAUACAGCACAUCAUCACAGAAAUGAUGGCGAGAUUCGCUCGCUUUCCAAAUUUUAAACAUAAGUUGUUGUUAGCAAGAAAAUCAUUGAUUGGAAAUAACGAGUCUCCCAUCAAAACAUUAUCAAGCUCUCCUCCACCACACACUGUGAAAGGAGGACACGAACAUUCAUUUUUACUGGAAGGUUCUAUUGUUUUGGAAGAAUUUUGUAAAGAAUUAUCUGCUAUUUUGUUCGUAAAACACCAUGCAUCAUCUGCGACUACAUAGAUGUUAACGAUGCUUGGUUUUACAAAGAUCAGGGAUUUGCAAUAUAACUCGGUUUUGCAGAUGAGUGGGAAUGAAAUGCUGUGAUCAUGUUUUGCCUUAGUUUGUCAUUAUUUAUAUUUAUUGGAAAUUAGAAGAAUACUUGUCGAGUAGUGUUUUUUGGAUUCAAAUUAUUACCACAAUAUUGUUUUCAUUGUCACUAUUAUGUUACAAAAUAUUCGCAAAAGUCAAAAUGUUGGCGUUGUCAAAAUGUUGCAAAAUUUUCACACAUCAGUCAAAUCAUAAUCACGUUUGACAUCCGUCAAAUGUCUGAUUACAUGAAUUGCAUCAACUUUUAUCAGUUGGAAUGAAUGAAUUAUUUUUAGUUUUAUAUGUGACACCUCGCUUUUUGAUUUGAGUAUAUACAAAGAAAAGCUGAUGUAUUUGUUUCAAGUAAUUGUACAUCAGCUUGAUAGUUUUCUAUUUCUCUGAUACACUAAAGCUACUACCGGUAUUUCGUUCUGUCGCGCACGCUACUUUUCAAAUCGUAGCAGAAAACACUAUUUUACCUUCUAAAAUAUAGAAGAUUUUAGUCAUGUUUUGUGCCAAAUUUUUUUUAAUAAAGCUGUUGCACCACAUUAAAAAUAUCCAAGAGAAAAAUAAUUGUCGAGAUCUUGAUCCCCAUGGGUGCUAUUCAAAAGCUACUUGUGUUAAUAAAAUGAAAAGCUACUGGGAGAGAACACUUUUCCAAUCUUUUCUGAAAAACACCCAGUCAGUUGGCUUCUAAUUUGAUUCAUUGGGUUUUGAAUUACAAUUACUCAGUAAUGUGUCCAUUAGUUUUAGAUACAAUUACUUCACGCCAAGGCUACACUACCUUGCUAAAGUAAUGUAGGAAUGUAACUGCCUGCAACAUUUUUUCUUUUUUUAAGUUAUAUCGUUGGUGAAGAUAUAUUUCCAUCGGCCUGACAGAUUCACAAGUGCUUUUAAACUAGUGUGCAAUGCAUUUGCACUCUGAUAUGAAUUGUAUUUUAUCGCACUAUUGAUAUUAUAAUGUAAAGUUUUAGCAGAAAAUAAAGAUUGAAGUAUAAAA